UGUGUGGUGCAUUUUGGUGCCCAAUUGCCAACUUCAGUUCUCAUUGUUCAUGAGAUUGGGAGUCAUUUUCCACAAAGAAAAGUCAGAAUUCCAUUUCUACAUGAAAUAAAAUAUUAUUUCGUUGACUCACCAGAGUUUGAUGAGUUGAGUCUUUCAACUACUGCGUACUUUUUCGUUCCAUUUCAAAGUCGUCGCCUAGUAAACUGGCUUGACAGACAAUAUGAUACAAAUUUGUGGUGGCAAAGCAGGUGUAGAAGAGUUAAACGAGUACAACAGCAGCAUGAAUCUUGCUAAGUGCUCCAUUUUCUUUUUUCUGCUUCAUCCAUUUCUGCUCCAAGCAGCUGGUUCCAAGUGUUCAGACUAUUACAGCUGUGGAAGUCUAGGAAUCCUGGAAUUUCCACUCUCUGACACGACAGAACCCGAAUGUGGAUUAUUUGUCGUUGAUUGUUAUACUACACCUCCAAGAAUUCAGUUGGAGGCAGGAGGAACUUGGUAUAACAUUCUUCAGAAGCUAUCUACAAAUAAGUUCAGUGUUGAAGACCCUUUCCUUAAUGCUCAGAUGAGCGACACAACUUGUUUUUCCUUCCAAAAUCAAUCUCUGCCGGAUUCUCCUUUCAGUUCCUUCACAGUCUCCCCCAAUCUCACCAUAUUCUCAUGUGCCAUGUUUCUUGAUCAUAAUAAUAAGGUAAAAAUACAAGAUUAUUUCCAAAAUUACAAAAAUUACACAAGUUGUGAGCUCAGGACAUUGUAUUAUAAAGACCCUGCCUAUGGCUUCACUUCCAGGGAAAUUAGUAUCCCUGGAAGCUGUUCAGUAAUUCAAAUGCCAGUCAAGUCCAAUCAGAGUUCGGCUAAUUUGGUCCAACUGCUAAGUGCUGAAUUUGAUUUAGAGUGGACUAUUUCUGCUGAUUGUCUUUCUUGUCACAGUAGAGGAGGAAAGUGUCGUACUAAUAGCGACAAUGGAUUUUGGUGUGCAGAAAAUAGGAUAUACAAAAAGAUUAUGCUCGUAGGUGGUGUGACAAUGGUUGCUCUAGCAUCCACUCCCAUACUCUUGUUCCUUUUCAUGCGGGGAAAGUACACACUGCUCAAAUUGCUAGGACUACGGAAGGCCAAACCAGAGGGCCAAAAGGAUAUUGAACUCUUCUUGAAGAACAAUGAAAAUCUUGCACUAAAAAGAUACAAAUAUUCAGACCUUAAGAAAAUAACCAAGAGAUUCAGUGAAAACUUGGGAAAGGGAGGCUACGGUAGUGUCUAUAAAGGAAAACUACCUGACGGUCGUCUGGUAGCGGUGAAAGUGCUGAAUGAAUCGAAAGGAAAUGGAGAUGAGUUCAUGAAUGAAGUUGCAAGUAUUAGCAGAACUUCCCACAUUAACAUUGUGAGUCUCCUGGGAUUUUGCUUCGAGGGUUCUAAAAAGGCUCUCAUCUAUGAGUUUAUGCCCAAUGGUUCCCUUGAAAAGUUCAUACAGAAUGCUGCUUUGUCAUCAGCAGAGGGUGGAUUGGGAUGGGAAAAAUUGUUUGAAAUCGCAGUUGGUGUUGCUCGAGGGCUGGAAUACUUGCACCGAGGCUGCAACACACGAAUUCUGCACUUUGACAUCAAGCCUCACAACAUUCUUCUGGAUAAGGACUUGAAUCCAAAAAUUUCAGAUUUUGGGCUUGCUAAAUUGUGCUCCAACAGAUCAAGUGUAGUGUCAAUGUUAGUUGCCAGAGGCACAAUGGGCUACAUUGCUCCAGAAGUGUUCUGCAGGAACUUUGGACAAGUUUCUCACAAAUCAGAUGUCUACAGCUACGGAAUGAUGGUUCUGGAAAUAGCUGGAGGGAGGAAAAACAUUGAUCCUGCCGACGUUGAUCGUUGGAGUGAAGUAUACUUCCCAAAUUAUAUCUACAAGCAACUUGAAAUGGAAGCUGAAACGGGAGCUCAUCCUGACGGGAUUAUGAAUGAAGAUGAAAGCCAAUUCGCAAAGAGAAAACUGAUAAUCGUUGGCUUGUGGUGCAUACAGACUGAUCCCAAGGAUCGGCCAUCAAUGAAUAAGGUGGUAGGAAUGUUGGAAGGAGAACUUGAAUAUUUGCAAGUCCCACCAAAACCAUACCUUUCUUCACCUCCAAGAUCGGCGCCAACUCUAUCGAUUUCUGUAUCUGUGUAGCAUUCUGCUUUGAUUUAUGUCAAUUGCAGAUAUGAAAAUUGCAGUGUUUGUUGA